ACUCGGCUGACUUCGCCGCACUUCUACUUCGAUCGUCAAACAAAGCGCGCGCAACCGAGAAAACCUAUUUUUUUUUGUGAAGAUUAUAAUUUCGUGAUGGAGAAGGAGCACCAGCCGGACUCCAUGGCGACCAUUACCAUGAAACCGGAAUACCCACCAUCUGAAGUAUACAGCACGUCGGAACCGCCACCGGCGUAUCGGCAUCGGGUGUCGUCAUCUGUGCAGAUAGCAAGGAUCGCAGCGCUAACGGUGGUGGCAGCCUCCUUCAUCUUAGGAGCAUUCAUCCUCGCUUCCAGCUGGGUGGCCGCCCGCGCCUCCUGUCACCAGCUGGAACAGCUCGAUGCUAUGCUCGACAAAGAACUCGCUCUUGAAGGUAGAGCGUACGGAAACGAUGGAUUGUUAGCGGAUGAACCAUUACCAGUAGGCAAUGCACAUGCACUUCACGGUGUACCUCCACCGUCAGCUGCGCCAGCCGUCACUUCAUCCAGCCAACCUGUGUCCGUUGACAAUCAGGUCAAAGACGACGCACUUAAUCACGCCGAGUCCAAGAUUGACGAAGAUAAAUUACAGAAAAUCGACGAUGACAAUACAAAGAGCGAGUCUCCGAACUCCGGCAGCGACGAGAGUUCUGCGGAGUCCGAUAGCUCUGCGGAGGAGGACGACGAAUUCGAUUCCGCUGUCAGACCUAUGCUCAAGCUGCCCAUUCAGUUCGACCUAGAUGAGCUAGCUGGUGCUUUCCUCGCUAAUAAUAAUCAAAAAGGUCGCAUGAACUGCGUGGUAGAACGCCGUCGUGAGGAUCCCAUGGAGAAGCGAUUCCCCUUCAAUAUUCUUGGAGCUUUUGCACCACGCAGCGCGCAGGCUGAACGUAUCGCAAUUAUUUGUCACGGAGGAGACGAGCCAAAGCCUGUGAACAUGUUCCCGGAGCCACAGUCGCAAGUGUUCGCGUUCCCCUUGUCCGGUCCAGUUAGGCUUCCACUGAGGCCACAAUCAGAACGUGUCCCCCCUCCGCCUCAGGCUGCUGAACCUCGCAUGCCUCCAUUCAUGCCACUGUCGCAUCGCCCGGCGCCGUUCCCGCUAUCCAUGCCCUGGGACUCGUCUGAAGAGCAAAUGGGAGCGCCUCGCGAGAUGCGCAUCCACGUGCAGAGGGUGAUCGCUAUUCCCGGACCACAGAAUAUGCCUCCUCAGCCUGACUCGCUGCCUCGCUUCUUGCCACCCAAUAUGCCUCCUCAACCUGAAGCAGUUAACCGAUUCGUGUCUCCACCAGCGAUGCCACAGGCCCCAGAACAGAACGAGCAACCCACUGUAGUCCACCAAUUCGUACCGCAGCCCGCACCCACGCAAGAAUUGGAGCAACCUGAAAUGAAGAAGGUUCCCCUUGAAGGUACACCGGUGCAGAUGAACGUGCCUUGGGGCUUGAGCCCCGAGGAGCUGUUUGAGAUCAGACAGAAUGUAGAAAAUACCGCUGCUUCACAGCACCGUGACCAGCAGAUCGAUAACGAUAUGCAAGAGGUGAAAACGAUUAUGAACUCUCUGGCGGCUGCGGCCGAAGCUGAAGCCGAAGCGCAGGCGCAGGCUGAAGAGCAACAGCGACAGGACGAACAGCGGCGCCAGGUCGAGCAGUUGCCGCAGGAGGCACAGGCCCCUCGCGCGCCCCGCACCUUACUAUUGCCACAAGAUGUGGAUGAGAGGCCACAUUAUAUGCAGCCCCGCUCAGUUCGCAGCGUGGAUGCAGUCUUGCACCGCGAGAAACGCAUCAAGCGCUGCGCUUGUGACUGCGCUUGAGCUGUGAGCGCUAUAGCGCUUUUAGCUGCAUUUAGCUAACAGCGAUACUUCCGUCCAUAAUACAAACAUCAUUUUUGUAAUUAAAAUACCUUCUUUUGUUAAUACCCAUACAUGUUUUAAUGACUUCUUGCUAACAGAUCUCUGUAAAUAAAGUUGUUAAUUACCCCGCUUAGAAAUGUCGUUUUUAUUACCUAUCGAAAGCUAAGGACUAUUUUGUAUUUUUCUUUUUGUUAAUUAAUUCUUUGUUUAUCUGUAUAUUUUAACUAGAAUAGAUAUAGGUACCUAUUGAUUAAUCUUUUGGUUAAUGGAGUCAUGAAAUGAAUUUAAGUAAAUAUGACGACAUUUUAAUAGGUACGAAUAUUAAGUAAUCGAUGUGAAUAGGUACACGAUAAACUACAAUGGUACGUUGUGAAAAGUAGACAUGCUUUUCAUAUUACAGAUAUUAUUUUAUUCUAUUCAAAAAAUCAUUGCAUUUAAUAAAUCUUUGAAUAAAUCUUUUUGUAACAUAAAUAUAAUACGAAACCUGACCGAUUAUUGUAAACUAAAGUGAAAAUACUAAGAUUUUUUUUUAUUGUGAUCCUAAAUUAAAUGUUUAUUAUUAGUUUUA